CCUGCACAACGAAGAAGCGGAUGUAGUUUGCAGUUAAAAUGUGUGUGCGUGCGUCUUUCGUCGUAUUACCACAACAACGUAUGACAUGUCAGUGUCAAGAGGUUAUGUCCCUGUUCUCUGGGUAAGUGCAUUUUUACAUAACAUCUGUGUUUUUCCACCCUCCGAUGGGUUUUAUUUUUGAAGUUAAACCGACGCUGCGACUGGUGGAUGUUUUUGAGCCACCUACGACAGGUGCUACUCCUCUCUUUACAACCAAUCAGGGAGCAGGGUCAAAGGUCAACGCUAUAUCAGCUGUGCAGUCAGACACAGCGUUUUCAUAAACAUUCGUAACAAGUAUUUGGAGUUUUUUGCAGAAGAACUUUUAAAGACAUUUUAAACUGGAUUUCAAAGCGUCUCCUGCAGUCAUGUCACCAAUUUUACUUAACUGUUUGGGGAAGGACCCCAAUGAGUACAUCAAGGAACUAGUGCAAGUGAAAAAUCCCUACCUGGACGGCAUGGAGGAAGAUAUUCUCUACCACUUGAGCCUGAGCACCAAGACUCACAAUCUUCCAGAAAUGUUUGGAGAUAUUAAGUUUGUGUGCGUCGGAGGCAGCGCAAACCGAAUGAAGGCUUUCGCCCAGUUCAUCCACAAGGAACUGGAACUGAAUGGAAACCCAGAGGAAGUCAGCGAUAUCUGCGAGGCAACUGACCGCUACUGCAUGUACAAAGUAGGACCAGUGCUCUCAAUUAGUCAUGGAAUGGGCGUCCCUUCCAUCUCCAUAAUGCUGCAUGAGCUCAUCAAACUGCUGCACCACGCUCAGUGCCGUGAUGUUGUCCUGUUUCGCCUUGGAACGUCCGGUGGUGUUGGUCUGGCUCCUGGGACAGUGGUGGUCACGGAUAAAGCGGUGGACUACUCCUUCCUCCCCCAGUUUGAGCAGGUGGUCCUGGGUAAAGUCAUCACCAGGAGCACGGAGCUGGACGAGGGAGUAGCCAAAGAGCUUCUGCAGUGCUCCUCCGAGCUUCAGAACUUCCCUACGGUGAUCGGAAAUACCUUGUGCACCCACGACUUUUACGAAGGUCAAGGCCGACUCGACGGAGCUCUUUGUUCCUUCUCCCACGAAGACAAGCUGGAGUACCUGAGGAAGGCAUACGAGGCCGGCGUGAGGAAUAUCGAAAUGGAGUCCUCCGUAUUUGCGGCUAUGUGCCGUGUCUGUGGCCUCAAAGGAGCUGUGGUCUGUGUUGCAUUGCUGAACCGCUUUGACGGAGACCAGAUCACCGCCACUCAUGAUGUCCUGGUGGAGUAUCAGCAGAGACCUCAAAUCCUAGUAUCCCACUUCAUCAAGAAACGCCUGGGUUAUGUUGUAUGAAAUCUCUAUGUCUGCCACCCCAACCCCACCUUGCCAAACGGAGUGUAUAUAGCUGAUAUGUGCAUUUGUGUAUAUACUAUAUUUAACAAGUUAAUAUGUGUAUUAGACACUUAUUUAAAAAGUUGUUUUCAUGAUUGAAUCUGUGAAGCUCAAAUAUAAAGUAUGCAUCAUACUUUAUAUUUGAGCUUCAUCAACUUUCAUAUACAUAUAAACAUGUAUAUGAAAGUGUGAAUCAUAUUGUUUGAUGUGUAGCACCCUGGUAUUUAUGUAAGGUUUGUGUUGAUUUCUAUAUUUUACUUGAACUUGUAACAAAAAUUGUUGUGUGUAUUAGCAAGUUUGGAAAUGAUUUGCCUCCAUAGGAGGUUCGCACCUGUUAGAAGCCUUUACGAGAGCAUUUAUUAUUCCUUUUUAACUUUUAUUAUAAUACAGGAAGUGAUUCCUGUAAGAGAUUCAUAUGUACUUGUUUCUUCCACACAACUGUCAAGACAUGUUGACAAAUGUGUAGAUAGGUCAUCUUCCUCUGGUACAUGUUUAUUGUCACUCAGUGAUACUGGCUUUGUACAAACGUUCAAUAAAAGUAAACAAUAGUAA